AUGUCAAUUUUGAGUUUCAACCAAAUAAUUCUCUUUCAUGUAUAUUGAGUAUUCUGUGCAGAUGAUUAAAAAUCUCGAUCUCUUGACUUUAGUUUAGAUAAAUUAGAAUCUGGAAAAUUGCGAUAUCAGAAUUCAGAUAUUUAUGUUAUCUAUUUCAUUAAAUGAUCAUGGAUGUUCUAAUGUCUGUCAAAUAAGGUCCGGUCACUGCUUUGGAGAUAAAAUAACUAUAAAUACUAAAUGAUACAUUAUAAAUGCAAAACUCAAAAUGUCGAUCAAAGAAACUCUCAAAGAAUUGGGCUGGCACUUGAGUGAUGAAGGCGUUGAAGCUAUUACCGAUAAUGGGCAAAUUCAAGAAACACAUUUGCUUUCUAAACGUGCUUUAGAUUUUGAUUUACGUGACAUAGGUGAGGCAGCGUUUCCUGAAGAUUUUUUGAAAGAUCCUUGUAAGUUAGAAAAUCCUGUUGUACUUCAAAUUCAAAAGAUUAGAAAUGUCUCAGCUCCAAAAGCUAAUGAAGAGUCUACUUCAGCUCCGCGUAUGUUAAAACUAAUUUUACAUGAUGGAAAAUCUACAUAUACAGCAUUAGAAACAAAUCCAAUACCAAAUUUUACAAUCAAUACUCCCCCCGGCACUAAAGUUCUACUUCAAAGCGAAGGAUUAGAAAUAUGUCAUAAUGUGAUCUGGUUAAAUUCUAACAUAGUAAAAAUUCUUGGAGGAAAAGUAUCUCAUAUGAUCGAAAAGUGGGAACUAAACAGGAGUUUGGCAAAACAUACAAGAGGUGCUGUUGAUGGCGGUCCACCUCCAUGGAUUCCAUUUGGUCAAAGAUUAGAAGCUAAUCCACUUGAAAAACAAUUCAAAAGUCUGCAAGAAGCUGCCAAGCAGGAUAAUCCUGAGUUUGAAGCGCAAAGAAAGGGAGCCAUUGCAGAAGCCCAAAGAUUAUCUGGUGUUAAAAAGGUAUUUGGUGGAGGAACUAAGCCUCUAUUAGAUGCAAAUGUUCAGAAAAUUGUUGAUGCUGGAUUCACAGAAGAACAGGCCGAAAAUGCACUUAAAUACACAAAAAAUAAUGUUGAAAGGGCACUUAGAAUUCUCCAAAAGAGAGAUAACUCCGAGAACCGGAAUAAAGAAAAGCAGAGAGAAUCUGAACCUGCACCAAAACGAAAAGGACGAAAUAAAGAUAAGGAUGAUGAUGACGUUAUUCCAGUAAAACCAUCUGGUAAAGUGUCUUUAUUUGACUUCUUAGAGGAUAAGUUACCCAAUGUUCCUGACCGACAAAAAGAAAAGAAUAAUCGUCUUGAACUUAAUUCAGCAGUGGAUGAAAAAAACGAUAGAAAUUAUGGCAGUAGAGAACGAAAUAAUUCUCGAUAUAAUUCCCGUUCCCAGGGGCCUAGACAUGAGAGACAAGAUGGCGCACGGCACCGCAAUGACAGAGGACAUUUUAAUGAUCAUCAUCAGUCAACAUCUCACAGAGAGGAUAGAAAAUACCAGACACAGGCUGAAACCCCACCUCGUUUCCAGAAGAAGUUUGAGGAAAUGAAUAAACAUUCAAAUAAUCAAUAUCCCUACAAGAAUAAUCAAUCUCAGAACCAAUACAAUAAUAGAAGAAGUGAGAGGAAUUAUGAGAACAAAGUUCAACAGCAAGCUCAAUAUCCUAAUAAUUCACAUUCAAUGGAGAAAUUAGUUGAAGCAACUGCUAGCCUAAAUCUAAUGUCUAACCAACAGUGUUCAAAUGAAGAGAAGCCAUCUCCACUGUAUCAACCUUCUGAGCAAACGUAUCCUAAGCAUCAGAAUUAUCAGAAUCAAAAUGUACCAGAAAUGCAGCCUUUUAGGCGGAAUAACGAUGUGCCAAAAUACCAGGAGCCAAAUUAUCAGCGCCGACAACAACCCAAUGGCUAUGUUGAACAACCUCAAAAUAUGUAUCCAAAUGCUUAUAUGGCUAAUAUGCAAGGAGGCUACAACAAUAGGCAGUAUGGGUAUGGAGGGAGACCCCAUGAGUUUAAUACUAUGAGGACGGGAGGGCCAUUCCUGCCUGGAUCUUUACUGGGAUUCCAAAAUGCCGCUGUUAAUGAACAAGCUCGUGCUAUGCUGGGCGUCGCCGAGAUUAACUGGAAAGUUGGUGACCGGUGUCUGGCUUUGUACUGGGAAGAUAAUAAUUUCUACGAAGCGGAGAUAACUGGUAUAUCAGCAAACACUGUAGUAGUUAAAUUUUGUGCAUAUGGUAACCACGAAGAAGUUCUCAAGUCCAAUUGCUUGCCAUAUCCAAACCAAGCGACCUCUAGCGGAGGCUAUGCGUCGCGGGGCGUAUUCCCCGCGCGCAGACCCUAGUGGCGCGGGGCGGCGCCGCGGGCCUCCGCCCCCGCCGCCCUCCACGCGCCGCGCGCCCUCCCGCUGCCCGCCAGCUGAUACCACUCACACCCGACUCACUCACACCACACGACUCGCACACACACUCGCCACACACACACCGCACACACUGCCGCCCUAAAUAUUGACGGACAUCAGUUGCACUACUGGAACGACCCCGAGAGGAUCACUAUGUUCGUAGCCACGUGGAACUAUGAACGUGAUGUGUUAUUAGGGUGCGACUAUUUGGAUGUCACUCAGUACGAGGAAUGAUGUUUCUGGACAGAUCGAAUAAUUAUCACAAAGACGGACUUAAUUAUUGUUUAAACCACAACAUCUUGAACUUAAAAUCCUUAAAUAAUAAGAAUUUAGCAAAACUAUUAUAAAAUGUGAAGUUUUAGGAUUUUAAUUUAGUCUUAAUAGAUAUGUGGUAACGUUGAAAUCCAAAACAAUCGUAAAACAAAAUUUUGUGGUUUAAUAAAUAAUGCCGUGAAUUUCAACCAGUACAUACAAUUUGUAUAAUAUCAGAGUAACAGUUAAAGAGAAGACAAAUUUUCAAAGUGCUACAAACAUCUGAUCUGAUGGUAAUUUUUAACCACUGGUCGGAUAUGUUAAUGUUAUAGUGAAAUUAUAAUGUCAAGUUUGCCCGUUUUCAAUAAUUGUAUUUGGUGUUCAUAAAUUUAUGUCUAUUAUGAAUUUAAAUAUCCAGAAGUGACAUAGUUAAAAAUUAGUUUUCGGCAGACUUUGGCAUGGAACUGGCAACUAAAUCCUACUGUGUAGCUUCCUUCAAAGCUUUUUAUACGUGUCGAUGUCAUAUUAAUAAGAAUUAGAUUUGGAAAAGUGGAAACAUUUUUUGAACUGUUAUCGAUGUUUAGACUAAGUCUUAACCAGUACUGUUGUUGUUACCGAUAAUAUUAAGUUUCCCUAAAGUUAAUUUUCCCUUACUCGAAAUUUCCCUAACGCGAAAUUUCAUUAAAUAGAUAUAUCCCAAAAUAGAAAUUUCCCUUUCUCUAUAAAUGUAUAUUAACAGCUACUCAUGCCUGUAAACAAUCUUUUUUAACGUAAAAUGUCAAAUAAUACAAAUAUGUCGUUAAAACUGUGUGAUCCAAUAAAAUACCUGAGAUUAAUAAACAAUUUAAAGGACCGGUUCCUUUUCACUACAAUAAAAAAGCACUAUAUCCAUGAUUGAUAUCUUAAUUAAAGUACUAUAAGAAGUAACUAUUUCUAACGUGCCAAUAACUUCCAAUCAGAGAUCUUAUUAUUAACGGUAACAGUUAGUAUUUUAUAUUAAUAAACAUGUUAACGAUAUUUGUGAGGCCCUAGUGUAUUAAAUGUAUUACAUUAAUUUGCAUUAACGGAAGCUGCACAGGUAAACGUUUAAGUGACCGACAUCACCGACUAACGAUCCGUUAAACUCGGUGAAUUCGGAACUGAAUCGUAUUCAUACUCGCCCAUUAAUUUAUCGUCAUUCAGUAACCACACGUAGUGUUAGCUUGUAUAAGUGUAUUUUAUUGUAUUUCUAGCGCAAAGUGUAUAUUUUAAUUUCAAUUAAGCAAAUGUUGUAUCGUUUUGUUAAUUUGUAAAUUAUACGCGAAAUCACAUUAGAUAUACGUUUCAUUUGUUUUAAAUAUAUUUAAGUGAAACUUAUUUAUUGUUUCAGACGCAACAAGUACGAAAAAAUGUGUUAUAAACUUUUGUCAUAAAACGAUGAUUUUUAACGGUAUUUAGCAUUCUAAAUACGCCAUUGGGUAUGGCAGAGCAGUUUUUCGUACCUUUCUUGUCUGGUAAAAUAUAUAAGACAUUGCCAGCGAGUGCAAUUUGUGCACUUCGAUGGGUCUACGUAUGCGAGUACGCGUAAAAUAGAAGUUUUUAUUUGUAAAGUUUUUUAAAGUUUCUAUUUCAAACCAAAGCUCAAUAAUUUCUUCAUAAAGCAGAGCUCUCGUGUGUAGAUGAAUAUGCUUUCUAUACAUUUGUACUAAUUUUACGUUGAAACAGUUUAUUAACAAAAGCUAAUAAAAUAAUACAAUUUA